UAACAUAGCUAUAACACACACUUACACUACUGUAACACACACUAACACAGCUAUAACACACACUUACAUCCAACACGUUCAGGACCAGAAACCAAUCAGAUUCAACCUAAUUACAAAACACCUACAACAAAACUACAUUAGCUAUUGGGAAACUAAAACUCAGAGUAAAUUACAGAGCUUACCAGUCCUAAACCGUCAGUACAGAGCGGUGGAAUACCUGACCACCCUGACUGACCCCAAACUGAGGUCCACCUGACCAGCUACAGACUCAGUGCUCACAGCCUGACCAUAGAGACAGGCAGAUACAGGAAGUCCUGCUGCCCAAAGAGCAGAGACCGUGCCCGCACUGCCCACUAAACAGGCCAGAGACAGAGCAGCACUUCUAUACCGAAAAUAUACAAAAUCAGAACCCAAUUCUACAACAAAUUCACCCAAAAAUGUCCUGCAUUUAUAAACAUCCAGAUUCACAAAAUUCCCCUACCUGCUUUGAGAACACAGUGAGUUCUGCACACUGGCAGCCAUACAUCCACGCCUGCCACACCCUGAGGGACAGAGAGUGACCACAGACACACAACUGUACAGAACUAUACUCUGUAUUAUUGUUUAUUAUAAUUAAUGCUUGUGAUAAAAUUCAUUAAUUAUUUAUUAAUUCGUUUUAUUGAACAUGAACACAGCUUUGGCAAACCAAAUGUGAAUAUUUGUCAUGCUAAUAAAGCCACAGACACAGACAAAGACACAGAGAAAGAAAAACUGAAAAAAAGACGAAAACAGACAGAAAAACAGGGAGAAAGAAAUUCAGGAAAAUAGAGAAAGUGGAAAAUGGAGAAAAAGAAACAGAUGGAAAAAACAAAGAAAAAGACAAACAGGGAGAAAGAGGAAAACAGAGAGAAAGAGAAGCAGAGAACAAGAGGAAAAUAGAAAAGGAGAUAAAUAAAAAAAAAUGAAACAGAAACGGAGACAGGAAAUAGGGAUACAUGAAAAAAGAAAGUGAAAAAUAUGAAGAAAAGAGAAGAAAAGAAAAAGAAAAAGAAAUCCGGUAAAAAAGAGAAACAGAGAAAGUGAAAAACAGAAAGAGGAAAACAGACAGAAACAAAAAGAAAGAGAAACAGGAAAAAAAGAAAAAGAAACAGGAGGGAGAAACACUAGAGAAAGGGAGAGAGUGGAAAACCGAGAAAGAAGAAAUAAAAGAAAGAGGAAAACAGGGAGAAAGAGAAACAGAGAGAACGAGGAAAACAGAGAGGAAGAGAAACAGAAACAGAGAGAAAGAGGAAACGGGGAGAAAGAGAAAAAAAAAGAGAGAAAGAGGAAAACAGGGAGGAAGAGAAAAAAAGAGAGAAAGAGGAAAACAGGGAGAAAGAAAUGGAGAAAAAGAGGAAAACAGAGAGGAAGAGAAAGAGGAAAACAGGGAGGAAGAGAAAGAGGAAAACAGGGAGGAAGAGAAACAGAAACAGAGAAAGAGGAAAACAGAAUGAGAAAGUGAUAGAUAGAUAGAUAGAUAGAUAGAUAGAUAGAUAGAUAGAUAGAUAGAUAGAUAGAUAGAUAGAUAGAUAGAUAGAUAGAUAGAUAGAUAGAUGCUUUAUUGAACCCAAAGGACACAACACAAUACAAAAAGAAAUAAAUUUAACAUAAAUGAGAAACAGAAAAAAAGGAAACACGAGAAAAAGAAAAACAGAGAAAGAGAAAUAGAUGAAAAAACAAACAGAUAAAGAGGAAAAUAGAGAAAGAGAAACAGGUAGAAAAACUGGGAGAAUGGAAAACGGGGAAAAUGGCAAAAGAGAUAAACGGGGGGAUAGAGAGAACAGGAGGGAGAGACACAAGGAAAAAUAAUAAAAAGAGAGAAGAUGAAGGAGAGUGAGAGAGGGAAUGAAUUGUGUAUUUAUUAGUUAAGAAACAUUUUUUUUAAAACGCGCGUGUGUGUGUGUGUGUGUAUGUGUGUGUGUGUGUGUGUGUGUGUGUGGUAGGUUGGAACAUGCAGGAGAGACCUGGAUGAAGUCAGGAUUAAAAAAAUACGGCUGUGAUCUCACACUGGAUCCAAACACAGCGAACAGUUAUCUCUCUCUGAGUGAAGAGAACAGGAGGGUGGAGAGAGGAGAGGAGCAGUCGUAUCCUGAUCAUCCAGAGAGAUUUGAUAGGUGGCCGCAGGUUCUGAGUAGAGAGGGAGUUACUGGACGCUGUUACUGGGAGGCUGAGUGGAGCGGAGGAGACGCUGAAGUAGCUUUGAGUUAUAAAACCAUCAGCAGGAAAGGAGGAGGUUCAGACUCUCUGUUUGGAGGGAAUGAAAAGUCCUGGAGUCUGGAGAUCAAUAAUAACAGUUACUCUGUUCAUCACAAUAAACACAGAACUGAUCUCCCUCCUCCUCCCUCUCCCUCUAACAGAGUAGGAGUGUAUGUGGACUGUCCCGCCGGCACUCUGUCCUUCUACAAUAUCUCCUCUCAUACACACACACCCUCCUCACACACACCCACACACACACCCUCACACACCCAAACACUCACACACCUACACACAUUCUACACCACAUUCACUGAACCGCUCUAUGCUGGGUUUUAUGUUAAUUAUGGCUCCGUGCAUCUGUGUGAUAUAGAAUAGUGUGUGUGUGUGUGAGUGCAUGUGAGCGUGUUCGGGUGUGUGUGCGUGUGUUUUGAGUGUAAAUGUAUGCGUAUGUUUGUGUGCGAGUGUGUGUUGUGUGUGAGAGAGAGUAUGUGUGUGUGUGCAUGCGUGAGUUUUUAUUGUGAGUGUGUGUGUGUUUGUGUGCGAGUGUGUGUUGUGUGUGAGAGAGAGUAUGUGUGUGUGUGCAUGCGUGAGUUUUUAUUGUGAGUGUGUGUGUGUUUGUGUGCGAGUGUGUGUUGUGAGUGUAUAUGCGUGUGAGGAAGAAUGAGUGUGUUUGUGUGUGUGAGAAAAAAUGUGUGUGUGUGUGUGUGUGUGUGAGUAUGCGUGUGUGUGCGUGUAUAAAGGUGUGUUGUGCGUGAUUGUGUGUCUGUGUGUGUGUGAGAGAGAGAGAGAGUGUGUGAGUUUUUGUGUAAUUUUAUGUGUUUUUUAAAUAAAUAAAUAAUAUUAUGUAAUAAAUUGUUGCUGAUUUUAAAUGUAUUGUUUAUUUUUGUUCAUUUAUUGUUUAUUGACUUCCAUUAAUAGUUAAUCAAUUAGUUUUUUUUGGUGAUACUGGGUUUCAUAUAUGUUUUUUUAUUAAUAAAUAUGAUUUAUAUGUACUGUAUAUGUAUGUGUUGAUGUAUUGCUAAAAUAUUUGCUAAAAAUUAAAUUAUGUAAUAUUUGAAUAUGUCUGAAAUAAAUGUGGUAUAAAGAGGAA